AACGCAUACUAAAACAACUUGUGAUUGUGUGCGUCAAUUUGUGUUUUGAGAUUGUAAUCCAAUUAUCAAAUUUGAUAUCACUGUUACUAGAUAUUUAUUAGUAACAUUAAUUUAAAUUAACAAUAUACAACAGAGUUAUUAUUACUAGUGUUAUUUUUGUAUUAUAUAUAAAUUAAGUAACAGAAAAGAACGAAUGAUGCCGAGUUCAAUAAUCCUAACCUAUAAAAACUAAUAUUUUGGUUUUGAUUUACAACGUUUAUAACGUUUACAAGUAACAAUUUACAAGAAAAGAAUACAUUCUUCAUUAAGGUAAAUCCUUUUUUUAAUAAUGGAAGAAAAUGGAAGCAAGAGAAUGAGAGGUAGAACUAGAGGUAGAGCCCGAGGACGAGCUCGCGGGCGAGCCAGAGGACGAUCUAAAAAAGCGGUGAAGGUAAUUGAAAGUGAUGAGGAAGACACUGUACAAACUCAAGAGGAAACUCCAAUGGAGACCAAUGAACCUGAGCAAGAACAACAAAAACCACAGCAUCAGCAACAACAGUCGCCACAUAAACAACCACCUCAACAACAACCCCAACCGCAGCAGCAACCGCCACAACAUCAACAACUAAUACAUGAAACUCAACAAAUUCAUCCACCAAUUUCGGAGCAACAAUUUGAUUUAGAAGCUGAUAUUUCUCAAUUGGAGGCUCCAACGUUCACGACAAUUAAUAGAGGACCUCCUGAGCCAAUGCUUCGUUUGCGUUGGGAUCAUCGGGUUAAUUUGAUUGGAGAAAAAGUGCUAAAUCCAAUGAUUCAUUGUUGCGAUAAAUGUCUAAAACCAAUUCUCAUUUACGGGCGGAUGAUUCCUUGCAAACACGUUUUCUGUUUAUCGUGUGCAAAGAGAGAAGACAAAGUAUGUCCUCGAUGUAGAGAGAAAGUUUCGAGAGUCGAACAAACAGGACUUGGAACAGUUUUUAUGUGUACACAUGGAGGUACUCGAUACGGAAAUGCAGGUUGCAGACGAACUUAUUUAAGUCAAAGAGAUUUGCAAGCUCAUAUUAAUCAUCGACAUAUAUCAACGCCACUGCAACCGGUUCAGGGAAUGCAGGUCGAUCAAUCACAAUAUGCUCAUUCAAAAUCUGAAAUGGAAUCACAAUUAUCAAAAGUCUCACCAGUUACAUUGCAAAAUAGUCGCAUGAAAUCGGCUCAUAUGGUGCAACCAAUAAUGGGCAAUGAUCCACGCGUUAAUUCAUUGGUGAAUCAACAAUCAGUUGAACAUCGACAACAUCGAACUCAAUCAAUGAUAUCAAUGCAAAAUUACACUCAAAAUACAGCGCCACCACCCAAUAAUCCCCCAAUGAGGACUAAUUUAAUAACAGUUCCAAUUCAGGAUACAUCUGUAAAUACACACGAGAUUCAUGCUCAACAAACUCAUCAUUAUUAUAAUCCUCCUCCAGCUCAAGUGAAUUAUGCAAACUAUAGUGUUCCACCGCCAGUUUCACAGACACAACAAUAUUACUCACAAUCACAACAUCCACCGGGUCCUUAUGUUCAACCGACGCAACAACAAUACGCACCACCGACGCCGACAUCAAUAAGACCCAGUUACAUUCAGGAUCCACAGUACGGACCACCGCCACAACAACCAUCUCAACCUCAAUGGACUCAACAUCAACAACAGUUUUACAGAUAGACAAAGACUUUCCAGAAAAGCGUUCUUUUAGAAUCAAUUCUUCAGAGUGCAAUAGUAACUUCAAAUUAACAGAUUUAUUUUCACACUGAAAAAAUUGCCUAAAAACUUCAAUUUCAAUUGAUCAAAUUUUUCUAUACCGAUUCAUAUAAUUUACGAAUCAAUUGUAAAUACAUUUAUAAUACCCAAUUAAUUAUUAAUUACAAAUUUAUAAUUUCUUCAAUUAUAUUUUUCUAUUUUCUUUUUAAUUAUAAUUUCCAUUAAAUUAUAAUCAUUAUAAUUAACAUAUUAGUAUAUACGUUAAUUAUAAAAAUAGACAGAGAUUAAAAUAUGUUCCAGAAUAUUUUUCUAUCAAUGUUUAUCGAAUUUAUAAAAUUACACUUUUUGCCGUGUAAAGUAGUGUGAUUAUCAAAAAAAAAAAAAAAAAAUUAAUGAGUGAGAAAAUAAUCAUGACACAAACUGCACAAAUUUGGAGUGAAAACUGCACUGAUUAAUUAUUUUUUAAAAAUAAUGUAAAACUGUUGAUAUAGGUAGUAAAUAAAUACAUUUUUUAAAUAAA